CAAUGCUACAAAAUCAUAGAACUAGAAUCCAAAAUCACGGAAUUCUCUCUAUUGCGCACGUUAAGAACCCAGUUAUUGUUGGAUUCAGUCUUCAUUAACAUGGAAUUAGGUUUUCGUAAUACCUUAACUGGAAAUAUUGGCAACAAUUUUCUGUCUGGUGCCAGGAUUGGGGGUCGUAGUCAGACGCAUCACGAUGCCAUCGUUAUUGGUGUUGGGAUUGGAGGGCUGGUGGCCGCAACACAGCUGGCGGUAAAGGGAGCUAGGGUUUUGGUUUUGGAAAAGUAUGUCAUUCCUGGAGGAAGCUAUGGCUUCUAUCAGAGGGAGGGAUACACUUUUGAUGUGGGUCAUCUUUCAUGUUUGGUUUCAGCGAUAAGCCUAUUAUCUUCCCCAAAAUGCUGGAGAGAGAGCUUGCAAGUAUAUAAAAGAUCCUGAGCUGUCGUCUUUCAAUGAUGCCGAGGUGCAAUUAAGUUAUUUCUCAAUCACGUAGGAAGUUCAUUUGAUUUCUGUACUCUGGGGUCCACACGUAGCCUGCCACACAAAUCUCACUUGAUCAUCUUUGUUAUAGUGACAGUUAAUGCA